AUGCGCAUAGGGUCUCUUGCUGCGCUCUUCAUCGUGUCGGCCGCCCAAAUUGCCCACGGGGCCUGGACAGAUGUGUUUAAGACAAGUAACGAUGGACCAGUGACAGUAAUGAACAGCUGGUCAUACAAGGAUUGUGGACUUCCCACAGACGUUGUUCAGCUUGAACCCCCGGUUCCUGGCGAGGAUCUGACAGUCACCGCUGAGGGGACCGUCACAAAGACCAUUGAAGAGGGCGCAUAUGCAAAUGUCGUUGUCAAGCUUGGCGUGAUCAAAUUGCUCCAAAAAACGUUCGAUGUUUGCGAGGAAGCGCGCCAUAACAACGCUACCAUCCAAUGUCCUGUUGAGGCAGAUCACUAUACAGUUGUACAGACCGUCGCUCUUCCUAAGGACAUUCCGAAAGCCAAAUUUUCCGUUGAAGUCCGCGGAUACACAAAGGAAGACGAAAAUAUGUUAUGCGUGAACAUUUAUCUGAACUUUAUGAAGCCUAUCUUUUAG